AUGGCAGAACUUCUGUUAGUAGCUUGUCUUAAAGCAUAUAAUCUGGUUGAGAAUCUCUUGGAAGACUUUGAGUUUGAGGUACAGGUUCCGGAUUUACUGUAUCAUAAUACGGCUCAGGAAGUUAAUGGAACAUGGUUCUACAAUGCACAUGAAUCUGAACAAUCUACUUCCAAAAGGAAGAGCACAUCUCGGCGUAUGGCAUAUGACGUAUUGGAUGAUAUCUGGUUAAAGUGCGUUGAAAGUGGCAUUCUAAUUUCAAUAUCUGAAGCUGAAGAGAAAUUGAGGGUAGAAGGGGCGUGGAAUGGGGUCUUGGAAUUAAACUUGGAAGAAUGGAAGGUGCCCAUGUUGAGAGAAGAAGUUGCUAAACAAUCCGGCUACUCUGAUGGUCCACAGAUGAUCAACUUGACAUCCUCCAGCAAGGUUUUGAAAGACGUCGAUGGCACUGAAAAGUUAUCUCAAUUGGGUCUUAGAAACAAUUGUAAGGUUAUGGCCACUAAGAUCUCCGUUGAUCAAGGCAAAUUGAAGCAAGAAUUUCUCGCUAAAGAAGAGCGCUACUUUAACCUUGAGUUGGAGAACCAGAGGUGGGAGACAGUAAAGCUGGGCUCGAUACAAACUAGUCAAGUGUAUAGGCUAGUUUUUGCAUUUUUUGACUACAAUGAUCAACUUACAUGCGGAGAUCGAGGCAUUGAGGCGGCGACAGUCGGCAGCGAAAGAGGAAAGGCUCUGAUUCCAUCAGAGUGGCGAAACGAUGACCGGAUCGAUGAGAUGCUCAGUUGUAAUGGACCAAUGAGUCAUCUCGUUAGGUAUUCCGGCUGGAUGAAUGCGGAAUGUAGUGGUAGCAAAUCCAUCAAACGAUCUUGUAGUGGCAGCAAAUCAACGCAAGGUCACAUCUCUGUUGUUGAUCCGCUGCAAUCAGGAGGAUGCCUUGCACAAGGAAGUUCAUCUGUCACGAAGAGUAAGGAUUUGUCUACUUAUACUUUAGUUGGCGAGACUGCGAGAAGUGAGAAAAAAGCUUAUGGCUCGUAUAAUGAUCAUGCACGAUUGAUUAGUUUUAGUGUGAGAAUAGAGAAACAAAAUUUAGAGGGUUGUGGUGCAAGGUCAAGCAUAGAUAAUGAUAGGAAUGGAAAAGCUGUUGAUGGGCCAUUGCUGUGGAAGGCGCUAAUUAUGAGACGUUUGUCAGACUUGUUGUAUGCGAGUGAAUAUAACAAAGAUGCAAAGAAAUGUUGUGAUGAGGUGGUUGACAGGCUUAAAGAAGAACUCGGGAGUUUCAUUGGUCCGACUAAUAAUGAUGAGGAGUGUGUAGACAAUGAUGGAGCAAUAAAGAAUCCAGUUGUAAAGAAGAAGAAGAUUGGUCCUAGGAACGAACGUCCUAAAAGCAUUAUUGAGAAGGCUUGUAACAAAGUUAGAGGCAGGAAAAACAAUGCAAGAAUUGUUGCUAACUGA